GUCCGGUGUCUUCUGGGACCGGUCAUGUUUCCCAGAAGACGCCGGACCAUUCACAAAGUGCAGCGCUUCUCGCGCAUGCGCAGUCCACAGUCUCUGGUCAUCUCCUGUACUGUCGGCAGUCUCUUGGUCAUCUCCUGUACUGUCUGCAGUCUCUGGUCAUCCCCUGUACUGUCCGCAGUCUCUUGGUCAUCCCCUGUACUGUCUGCAGUCUCUGGCCAUCCCCUGUACUGUCUGCAGUCUCUGGUCAUCCCCUGUACUGUCUGCAGUCUCUGGUCAUCCCCUGUACUGUCUGCAGUCUCUGGUCAUCCCCUGCACUGUCUGCAGUCUCUGGUCAUCCCCUGCACUGUCUGCAGUCUCUGGUCAUCCCCUGCACUGUCUGCAGUCUCUGGUCAUCUCCUGUACUGUGUCCGCAGUCUCUGGUCAUCUCCUGUACUACGUCCGCAGUCUAUGGUCAUCUCCUGUACUACGUCCGCAGUCUCUGAUCAUCUCCUGUACUACGUCUGCAGUCUCUGGUCAUCUCUUGUACUAUGUCCUCAUUCUCUUAUCAUCUCCUGUACUACGUCCGCAGUCUCUGGUCAUCUCCUGUACUAUGUCCGCAAUCUCUGGUCAUUUCCUGUACUGUAUCCGCAGUCUCUGGUCAUCUCCUGUACUAUGUCUGCAGUC